AUGGAUCUAUUUGGUCCCACCCAACAAGCAACUGUUGGAGGAAAGAAAUGUGCUUUAGUAAUGGUAGAUGAUUACACACGAUUCACAUGGAUUGCUUUUCUAAAGCACAAAAAUGACACUCUUGAGGAGUUCAAGAUUAUUGUGAGAUUCUCUAGAGGUGGUGGUGCUGAUAAGACUCUUUUCACCAAAUUGAAUGGAAAGAAUGUACUUGUUGCACAAAUUUAUGUUGAUGACAUCAUCUAUGGGUCCACCUCAAAAUCUCUCACAGAUGAGUUCAUAAAUAUUAUGAGUGGGGAAUCCGAAAUGAGUAAUGUUGGAGAACUAUCAUAUUUUUUAGGUUUGCACAUACAACAGCAAAAAGACAACAUUUUUCUUUCUCAAGAAAAAUAUGCCAGGAAUUUAGGUGAGAAAUUUGAGCUAAAGGAUACAACUCUUAUGGCAACGCCAAUGCCAACUACUGGAAAACUUCAGUCUAGUCCAGGUGAAAAAUACGUAGACCAGAAAUUGUACCGAUCCAUGAUAGGAAGUCUAUUGUACUUCACUGCAAUAAGGCCGGAUAUUGCUUUCAGCGUAGGAUGUUGCGCCAAGUUUCAAGCAAAUCCUACAAAAUCACAUCUAAAAGCUGUAAAAAGGAUCAUAAGAUAUGUUAAUGGCACCCUGGAUUAUGGUUUAUCGCAUUCAAUGGUUACGAAUAACAGUCUUGAUGUUGAUUGGGUAGGAUGUGUAGAAGAUCGCAAAAGUACAACUGGUGCUUGUUUCUAUGUUGGUCAAAACCUUGUGGCCUAG